CGCGUAAGUGGCUGCCGCAGGAGGCCAGGCUGUAGAUGUCAGCGGCGCUCAGGGCGCGCGACCACAUGUGGAGGUCUGACAUCUCUCCCACGUACGACUGAGUGGCAUCAAAACGGCCUCCAAGAGUGUCCUGAAAUACGAUAGGGGGGAUAAAAAUGUCACCUUUUGACCUUUAACGCGGCAGUAUAUAUAUUAACACUGUCGCCAUGUUGUGGCAGUUUGCUAUGAGACGGAAAAUCUCUGACCAAAAUCAACCAAUCAGAGCCAGGAGGCGGGUCUUAGCGCUGAUGAAGACCCCUCCAGGUUUGAUGGAGUGCCAGGGGGAGAGGUUCGACCCAGACCCCCGCUGCACACCGUCCUGGUGAAAAGGCAUUGGAAAACAAUCUUGUUUUAGCUGCUGGCUGUUCCGCUGUCAGACUUUGAACUAAACCUUCUUCAGGAUGUGACGUCUUUGGACUCGGCCACCGUCUGACGAAUAACCUUGGCUGUUCCAAGAAGAACUAGGAAGUCCUUCCAGAGGAGGAUUAGAUCAUGUUAAAGGUCAGUGCGUGUCGGGUUCACCCGCCUGUCAAUCUCCUUAGCGUGUGUAAACUGGGCUCAGAGGAAGUCAGUGCCCACCAGCAGCUUGGCACCAGACCACAGAAGCUCAAAUGUUCCCAAAGACGCGUCGCCAUGUGACCAGUUGGAUUUUUCUUGGACUUUCUUGGACCUUUGUGAGUCAGCAAAACACUGCCACCUACUGGGAAAUCAGUGCGUGAAGGCAUGUUGAUAAUCGGCUCAGUAAUGAGGAAAAGGUACUGAAUGGCACCGAAUAUCUGACCCCAAUUCCCGGGAGUAAAAGAGAGGCAAAGGCAGGGGGUGAGAGAGGAAAGGAGAAGGCCAUGUGAAAAAAGGAGGUGGAGGGGAGGUGAGAUUUAGUGCUCUGCUGGAUGAAACAACCCCCCACAAACUGACGGAGAGGGAAAGUAGUCUAAUAGGAAGAAAAGAGGGGGAGUUAUAGUUCAUUAAACCCUUAAAAGACAUGCUGCAAGCUUUUUUCAUUUCAUACAAAGAACCCCGGAAAGAUCAUCUGUAAAGUUUAGACACUCGAACAACCAAGAAAAAAGAGAACCAAACCAUAAGCCAUAAACAAUGUCUCGAACUGAAGAGAUCAACAAGAUGACAGAAAAUGUCUACAAGGGCGUCCUGGACCAGUUCAACCCCAGUCUGAAGAACUUUGUCACCAUGGGAAAACACUAUGAGAAAGCUCUGACAGGAGUGACGGUGGCUGCAAAGGGCUACUUUGAUGCUCUAGUGAAGCUCGGGGAGCUGGCCAGUGACAGCCAGGGCUCCAAGGAGCUGGGGGACACCCUGUUUCAGAUGGCCGAGGUUCACAGGCAGAUUCAGGUGCAGCUGGAGGAUGUGCUGAAGCUGUUUCACUCUGAGAUGCUCGCCCAGCUGGAGCAAAAGCUGGAGUUGGACAUUAAAUACCUCACAGCCACUCUAAAGAAGUAUCAGAGUGAGCGAAGGUCUCAGUCGGAGUCGAUUGAGCGCUGUCAGUCCCAGCUGAAGAAACUCCGCAGGAAGAGCCAGGGUAGUCGUCACCCAAACAAAUAUGGAGACAGAGAGAUGCAGUUUGUGGAGCUGAUGAGUCGUCGACAAGGUGAGCUGGAUGCGCUGGUGGCGACAGGCUACAAGUCCGCACUUACAGAGGAGAGAAGAAGAUACUGCUUCUUGGUGGACAGACAAUGCUGCGUCACCAAGCUGCUCAUUAACUACCACUCCAAGGUGAGAGAGCUUCUGUCGCAGAAACUGUCAUCCUGGCAACAGUCAUGUUCUCAGCCCACAAAGCUCCCGGAGCGGGCCCUCAAUCUGCUGCGUCACACCGCGCCACAAACCCCAGGGGCUGCUGGGAUAGCUGAGGUCCUCCGUCACACCAAGCUGGGCGCCGCUCAACCAGAGCAGAGAGUUUCCGUCCAGGAAGUUCCUCCUCUGCUGAAUGGAGACUCAAGCCGCUCCCAGCAGCAGCAGCGAUCGCUCCCCUCUUCCUCCUCCUCCCACAGCGACUCUGGUCCUCCUCAGGGCUCCCCUCACGCUUUCCGCUCUGCUUCCUCCACCGCUGCAGCUGCUCCCGGGUCUUCUCGGGGAGCUUCUCCUCAGCAUACCAGCACCCCCAUAAACACCUCAGCGAGCCCCCUCUCUGAUGGCGGCCCAUUAGCGUCUGACACCACCUCCUCCGCCUCUCUCCUCCUGGCCUCCAACACGUCCAACCUGUCCCCAAGCCUCAUCCCUUCCACAGUGAUGUCCCUCAGUCAGAUCUCUCAGAGCAGCAGCUCCUCUCAGGGCAUGACCCUCCCGAUCCUGCACAGCGCCCCCCACAGUCCACCGCUGUCCCACAGCGCUCCUCUCUCCAGGGCUUUGACCCCGGUGCAGCUGCUGCACCAGCAGGUCGGACCCGGUGGGAGCCACACGCUGUCUCCGUCACACAACUCCUGGCUGCUGAAAGCCGGGGACGUUUCUGCUACUGCAACGCUGCCUCUGCCUAGGAGACCGGUCAGUGAAAUGAGGCUGGGAGGCUUUCAGGGCUCCAGUCUCCCCAGAGUGCUUCCAUUAUCUGGAGUGACCCACGUGGAGGCCUUGUUCGCUCACACACCUGGAGCGUUGGACGGUGCUGGUGGAAGUUUAGGAGGCGGGGCUUGCUUACUUCACUUCCUGCCCGGGGAUAACAUCACCCUCCUCAUCUCUGAGCCCAGAGACGGGUGGCACUACGGUCAAAACGAACGCACCGGACGGAAAGGCUGGUUCCCUUUCUCCUACACCCAACCGCAGCACAGCAGAAUGGAUCACCUUGAGGGCUCUCUCUUGCUAUCGAAGGCUAACAGCACCAGCACCGGACAACUUGACAAGCUAGUGUCUGCAGGCCUCCCUGCCCUCACCCCUGAUUCUGAGGAGGAGCGCUCCCUUCCUCCUCAGAGGGUCAGCACUUUCCGUCCACGCCCCUACAGCAUGGCCGACAGCAACAAGAUCACAUCAGAUUUAAGAGCUUCACCACCGUCACCCACCAGGCCCAAUCCCUUUGCUCACGUCCGCCUCAGAAAAACCGUCACCAACGAUCGCUCGGCUCCCAUAAUCGAGUGACGUUGCUGUUCAUCUGUUCAUCGAGCCUCAGGUUCAGUCCUGGAAGCUGCACACUGUGUUUGCAAACUGUGAUUAACUUUUGUCUUUUUUUUUCUCAGUUGAAUCAUGUAUAAUGUUUGUGUACAAUGUUCAAAACCAAUAUUUUAGCUAAAAACAAAAAGAAGAAAUUAUUUGAUUUUGAUUUAAUUAUAAGACAUGGAAAUAUAGUGUGAGAGAAAUGUGCCAAUUAAGAUGAAUUGUAAAUGUGUUUGUUUCUUUGUGUUUGAGAGCAUCAUGCUGCAUUUUACUCUUCAAAAAUGUGACUAAGCUGUCCUGGUUAGCUGUUAGACGUGAAGGGUGCCUUUUGUUUUUUAUUUUUAUUUCGUGCCAUAUUCAGAAAAGCGCUAAAGUUCUGAUGCAACGUGGACUGGAUCCUGUAACAAAAGGUUUUACACGUCGACCACGGAAGUAUUGUUGGGACGAGGACCGGCUCCUUCUCUACAGCGUUAAAUAUUUUUCAAAAAAGCUUCCAUGUUUGUUGCAUUUUAGUGAAAGAUGGCAUUUAAAUGCAUUUAAAUUUUAUUUUGUAAAGCUAAGUAUUUAGAUAAAGAAAGCACAGGUCAUAUUUUAAUGAAACUGAGACAAUAAGUUGAUUUGUUUAAAUGUUGAUAGCCAUAAAUAGGAAGUGACUAAAUGCACAAAUCUUAAUUCCAGUUAACACUAAUAUUUCUGCUGCUGUAACGUUUUCUGUUUGUCGUUGCUUGUGAAGGUUUUCAGAUUAUUUUAACUCACUUCCUUGAAUCAGGAUGCAAAGAAUAGAAAAUCCUUCAGAAUUAUUUUUUUAUUAUAACAACGUGGCUCCAAUUAAGUAUUCAUAAAUUUGGACACUGUGAAGCUGAACAGGUGAAGGUUAAAAAGAAAAGUGGAUUUUUAUUUAGAAGAUGGAAAGUUGGGUUGGAUUAAAAGUUUAGGAAACGAGGAGCUCUCAUUUUUGGUCUGGAUUUUAUGUCACCAUCUACAGACCAGCUGAUUGUAGAUGCGUGUUUACGAGUCAGACUGAGCAGAAUCUUAAAAGAGUGAUGUGAAAGCCAAGAAGGAGGACAUGACUGAGCUCACUGUGGAAGUGUUUUCAAAGAAAGUGAAGGAGAAAGCAUACAGGAAGUAGACCUAUGUCUAAGCAAGUAUUUGUCAAACUGCAGUCAUAUUUAAGGAUGUAUGAGAAUAAAAGCAUCCUUUGUGCAAAGUAAAAAUAA